UUCCCGGAGAAUCCAGUUACUGGCUGGACUGACAGGCAGGACAGGUGUGGCUUUCUACCCCUCAGAGUUCAAAGGCCUGGCUGGUGCAUCUUCCUGGGCAAGCCCUGCUCACGCCCUUCGAGGCAAAGGCAGAAAAGCCAGAGGAGGCAGGGCGUCGGAUGACUAGGCACACAGGGAAACAGGACGGGAACUUCUGCCCAGGUCCAUGGCCAACAACAUCUAGUUAGGAAGCCUGCGGUUUCAGUCACAGAUUCGGGGGAGUCCUGUGGCUCCCGUGAAGUGAGCCCUAAAGACGAGGCGAGUCCCAAAGAUGAGGCUGUUCAAGCUGCUGAUUUUCUUGGCCCACUGGGGAGUCACCAGGGCUGAACCAGGGAAGUUCUGGCACAUCUCGGACCUGCACCUUGACCCUGACUACAAGGUAUCUGAAGACCCCCUCCAGGUGUGCCCAUCAGCUGGCUCCCAGCCGGUGCCCAAUGCAGGCCCCUGGGGUGACUACCUCUGCGACUCUCCCUGGGUCCUCAUCAACUCCUCCAUCUAUGCCAUGAAGGAGAUCGAGCCCAAGCCAGACUUCAUCCUCUGGACCGGUGACGACACGCCUCAUGUGCCCAAUGAGAGGCUGGGAGAGGCAGCCGUGCUGGCAAUUGUGGACCGCCUGACCAGGCUCAUCAGAGAGGUCUUUCCAGGUACUAAAGUCUACGCUGCUUUGGGGAAUCAUGACUUUCACCCCAAGAACCAGCUCCCAGCAGGGAGCAACAGCAUCUAUGAUCAGGUAGCAGAACUGUGGAGGCCCUGGCUCAGUAACGAAUCCAUCGCUCUCUUCAAAGAAGGUGCCUUCUAUGCCGAGAAGCUGCCUGGACUGAGUGGGGCUGGGCGAGUCGUGGUCCUCAACACCAACCUGUACUACGGCAACAAUGAGCAAACAGCGGGCAUGGCCGACCCCGCUCGGCAGUUCCAGUGGUUGGAAGACGUGCUGACCAAUGCAUCCCGAGCUAAGGAAAUGGUGUACAUUAUUGGCCACGUGCCCCCAGGGUUCUUUGAGAAGACUCGGAACAAAGCUUGGUUCCGGGAGGGCUUCAAUGAGGAGUACUUGAAGGUGGUCCGGAAGCACCAUCAUGUCAUCGCGGGGCAGUUCUUCGGUCACCACCACACUGACAGCUUCCGGAUGUUUUAUGAUGAUACAGGUGCCCCCAUCAGCGUCAUGUUCCUUACACCGGGGGUCACCCCAUGGAAAACCACCUUACCUGGAGUGGUCAACGGGGCCAACAAUCCAGGCAUCCGGGUAUUUGAAUAUGACCGAACCACACUGAGCCUGCAGGACAUGGUGACCUACUUCGUGAACCUGAGCCAGGCGAACGAAAAGGGGAUCCCGCUCUGGGAGCUUGAGUACCGGUUGACCGAGGCCUACGGAGUGCCCGACGCAGGCUCCCGCUCCAUGCACGCGGCGCUGGGCCGCAUCGCCAGCGACCCCGGCACGUUGCAGCGCUACUACGUCUACAACUCGGUCAGCUACGACAGGGAGGCCUGCGACCCGUCCUGCAGCGCCGAGCACGUGUGCGCGAUGCGCGAGGUGGCAUUCGACGCUUACGCCGCCUGCCUGCGCGCCCCCGGCGCCGCGCCCGCGCCCCGUCUCGCGCUCCUGCUCGCGGCGCUGCUGGGCCUGCGCGCGCUGCUAGGCGGGACGGGGAAGUCCCGCCCAGAAGGCCCGGGCCCUGGAGCUGGGCGGCCCCUGGAGCUGCGCCCGCCUCCUUCCUGCCGCGGCGACCCCGGGCUCAGAGAGCGGGUCUGA